AUGGCGUCCUCCGCCGCGGGCGUCGAGUUCCGUGCGGUCGCGUCCGCCGUGUAUCGCCGCCUGCUGCGCCAGGCCGCUUUAUUGCCGCGCCAGCGGGUGAGGGGCAUCGUUCGCGAGGAGGUGAGGCGCGAGUUCGCAGCCCCGCCCAGCGAGUGUCAGGCGACGCGCGCGCGGGCGAUGGCGAGGUCGAUGCUGGCGCUGACCUGGCUGCGGCGCGCGUCCGCGGACCCGCGCAGCACGGAGGGUGAGCUGCUGUGGACGCUGGUGGGUCAGUACGACAGCUUGAACCGCCGACGGAAGAUGGAGGACCGGCACCCGCAGAGGAGGAAGCGACGGUUGGAGAAGCUCGGCGGGGCGGAGCGUGCGGUGGUGGAGGAGGUGUACGGGCCCCUCGUGGACGUCAUCGGGGGUACUGUAGCAGCGAACUUUUCAUCCGAGUCACUCGCCCGGGCGUUCGAGGAGAAGGGCGGGCCAUCCAUGGUGAACUUCAAGAUGUCCCGCGGGCCCAACUCGCUCAUGGGCGUCGCGGCCGCGCCCGAGGAGAAGGAGGGCUCGUACGUCAGCACCAGGGUGCUGGGCUCGAGGCACCACAAGAGCGCGGAGGCUCACCCGCUGCGGGUCCACUGCUCCGAGAAGCUGGCGCGGGACACCGGCGCCUCGCUCCCCCGCGGCGUCGCGUGGCUCCACCCGACACAUCCUCUCGUCUCGGACAAGGGGUACGCGCACAUUAUCCUCGAAGGCGGCGCGGACUGCGUGCUCCGCGCGUCGGUAUCCCCCGCGGUUCCGUCGCCCGACGCCAUCGCUCUCGCCGACGAGGACAGGUACAACUGCCACGUCGCCGAGGAUCAGACCGCCAACUUCGUGCGGUUCGCGCCGCCGGCGGACGAGAUGCACGAUCUCGUGGACGUGGAGAUCGAGGCUCGCGUGAUGCGACCGGCGGACGUCGCCGAGAGGGACAUCGCGACGUCCUCUUCCGAUGAGGACGACGACGGGGACGAGCCGGACGGAGGGCGCUUCGGACGAAUCUUCGCGGAGGUUGACGGCGCGACGCUCCUCCCGGCGCUUCGUAAGAGGCUCGCGGACAGGUGGGUCUGCGUCGGCGAGGUGCUGACGCUGUCCUACCCUCGCGACGGGGACGAUCUCGCGUUCCUGGGCGCGACGUCGCUCAGGAUGCGGAUGGCGAGGUGCGACACGAUUGACGCCGCCGACGCCGCCGUUGCGCUGGGGUACCACUGCUACCGGGGCCGCGUCGUCCCGGACACCCGCGUGUACGUUCACGCGGUGGACGACCCAGGCGCGGAGGACGGGGGCGUCUGCGUCACCGUCGGGGGAGGUCUGCGUUUGGUGAACAGCAACGCGAGGGGCGGGGAGGCCGCCGCCGCCGCCGCUGCCGCGAGGGAGCUGGUCGCGGUCAACACGAGCGACGGGGAGACGUUCCCGGUGCACAGGCGUUUGCUCCGGCCGUGCAUCGCGUUGACUCGGGCGAUACGCGAGGCGGGCGCGGACGGACCCGCGGUGAGCUCCGGGAAGCGUAGGGAGUGGGAGGCAUCGCGGGGUAUCACAUCUACGCAGGGUAUCACAUCUACGCAGGGCGGGGACAGCCGCGGGCGGGCCGAGUGCGACGCGGAGGUUGACUGCGCGACGUUCGACAGGGUCCUCGUCUGGCUCGAGGCCGAAGCGCUCGGCAGGUCCCCGCCCGAGCACGACAUAAGGAUCGUGGAGGAGCUCGCCGAGGCUGCGGACGCGUUGGGGCUGGCGUCGCUCGCUGAGUACUGCGCCGAUCGGCUGGGAAAGCACGAGAGCCGGCGGCGGGUCAGGUCGUGGCGCGAGGUCGUGGAGCACAACGAGCGCGGCGGGUGCUGGAUCGUGAUCGACGGCAUGAUCCUCGACGUCAAGCGGUGGCUCCCCGAGCACCCGGGCGGGGACCGCAUCAUACCCGCGCAGUCGAUGAACGUGGAGUGCGCCAGGCACUUUGAGCUGUAUCACUCCAGCAGGGAGUCCUUCCUGUACCUGAAGCACUUCUACGUGGGCGAGGUCAGGGCGGAGGACCGGUCGUCCGUGCCGACGCUGCCUGGACCGCCCGCCUCGGACGAUUUCCUGCAGCAGCUCCGCGAGUUCACCGAUGACUUCAGGAUAAGCAACGAGGUCGCCCAGGAGAGUGAGAAUGUUCACGUGCACCUGGGUGCGAGGUGA